ACGAGCUUUGCUAUUUUAAUGUCUCCAGUUGAGAUCGAGCAAGACUGGUCCUUGCUGCUGAUCUCCACUAUUGGGCUUACAGUAUCCCUGCUGUGCCUUGCUGCAUCCAUCGUCGUGUUCACCAAGUGCCGCUCCAUCCAAAAGGCCAGCAUCAUCGUGUACAAGCAUCUGAGUAUCAACCUCUUCCUAGCACAGCUCAUCUUCCUGACAGGAAUCCAUGUGACAAACAAGGUGGUGUGUGCCCUGGUUGCAGGAUGCCUACAUUACUUCUUUCUAACUGUCUUUGCCUGGAUGUUCCUGGAUGCUUUGCAGGUUUUCAUUGUGUGCAGACACCUCACAGUCACAAAGUUUACCCACACAUACGUCAUCAGACGGAGAUACCUGUAUCCCUCCGGCUAUGCUGUGUCUGCACUGAUUGUAAUUAUAUCAGCAGCAAUCCGUCCCUAUGGCUACGGAUCAGAAAAAGACUGCUGGCUGAGCCUAGAGUGGGGCUUUCGAUGGAGUUUCCAAGGGCCAGUCUGCCUUGUGAUUGUGGUGAAUAUGGUGUUGUAUGUCUGGACAUUCUGUUUACUGAGGCAUCAUUUGUCCACACGUGAUGUGAAUGUGUCAAAGAUUAAAGACACCACGACCCUGACUCUUAAGGCAACUGCACGUUUGUUUGUCCUGGGAUGCACUUGGAUCUUUGGGAUAUUUCAUAUCAACAAGAGCACUUUCUUCCUCUCCCACAUAUUCACUGUCAUCAACACUCUCCAGGGCCUCUUUAUUUUCGUAGUCUACUGUGUUUCCAAUCGCCAGGUGAGGGAUGAAGUUCGGAAAUGGUUCAUCAAGUCAAGCACAGACUCAACCAGCAACACCUCAAAUGUUCAGAUGAGUUCUCUCGAGACUAAAACAAUGUAACCCUCCUGAGGACUCCAGAGGUGACAGCGAUAAGACCAUCCUUGGUUUGUGUGUCUGUGUCUCUAUCUCUGUCUGUCUGUGAGUACAACGUGUGCAUUGUUUAAAAACUUGGAUUUGUGUUUUGUUGGCUUUUCUAGCUUUGCAAGGCAAGUUAUUUUGUUUCAUCAUACAAGUUGUUACUUUUUCUUCAUUCUUUCAUGGGAUAUGGGCUUCAAUGGUAAGCUCCCACAGACAGACACACACACACACACACACACACACACACACACACACACACACACACACACACACACACACACACUCACAUACAUAUAACAAACCACAUACACAGCCAUCAGAGACAUAGAUAUAACAGAUACACACAAGACACUCACGUGUACAUAUUGAUGGUAUUGAGAAUAAUGUUCAUGUUCCCACUCUACCUUGGUUGAUUCAGUGCUAACAACAGCCACAUUUGGUUUUCUGAAUUGUUUGCUUUAGCUCCAUGUUACUGACAUGUAUGCAAGCUGAAUGACAACAAUAUGUGUUAUAGCUACUGGUCUUACACACUGCUUUCUGGAUUUGUUUAACAUCGGAACAU